AUGGACACAAAACUUUCACAAGACACUGCCAACUGCCGCCCAAUCAAGAACAAAGAGAUACCAGAUCCCAGAAAAGAAUUGUGGACAGUGAUCAGUGAAAUGGGAAACGACUUCGGUGGUUCCCUACCAGUUGAAAAUGUCCAAUCUCUUGCUUCUAAUGACUUGAACCACAUUCCAUCUCGCUACAUCCGACCAGAACGUCAGUCCGAACAAGUUCUCAUUGAUGAAUCUCUUCAAAUUCCUGUCAUAGACAUGAGCAAGCUUGUGGAUGAGGACGAGUUAAUGAAACUUCAUUUGGCUUGCAAAGACUGGGGCUUCUUCCAGUUGAUAAAUCAUGGGAUAUUAGAAGAAGUAAUUGAGAUAAUGAAGAUCGACAUAGCCGAGUUCUUUAGUUUGCCAUUGGAAGAUAAGAUGGUAUAUGCUCAGCAGCCAAAUAACAUAGAAGGUUAUGGCCAAGCUUUUGUUUUAUCCGAUGAGCAGAAGCUAGAUUGGGGCGACAUGUUCUUUCUUAUUGCACAACCACUUUCUUUAAGAAAUACCAAACUUUGGCCUACAAUUCCUAGGUCUUUCAGAGCAACCCUGGAUAAAUACUCUUCACAGCUACAAGAGGUUACAAUUUGUCUGUUAAAGUUUAUGGCAAAAAAUUUGGGGGUUGAAUCCGAGAAACUUACAAGCCUGUUUGAAGGUGGAACACAAGGGGUAAGAAUGAACUACUAUCCACCUUGUGUAGAGGCAGACAAGGUUAUGGGUCUAACAACACACUCUGAUGCCACUGGAUUGACCCUGUUGAUCCAAGUGAACGAAGUUCAGGGCUUACAAAUAAAGAAAAAUGAUAAAUGGGUACCGAUUACACCUAUCCCAGGUGCGUUCAUUAUCAACGUCGGCGACAUCAUUGAGAUUAUGAGCAAUGGAGUAUACAAGAGUAUAGAGCACAGAGCUGUUGUGAACCAAGAAAAGGAACGCCUUUCAAUAGCAGCAUUUCAUGGUCCAAGUACGAAGACAAUCUUAGGUCCUUUGCCAGAACUAGUAAAAGACAAAGCUGUUUACAAGAGUAUUGCAAAUGAGGAAUUUAUAAGACUCAUGGUAGCCAGCAAACUUGAUGGUAAGAACUUAUUGGGCCACCUGAAACUUCAAAUCUGAAAUAGGGCUGGCUGGCUGAUUGCAAUUUCUCUUGUUAUUUUAAAUCUAUAUGUACGAUACACCUAUUGCAUUU